AGUUUUAUAUUCAUAGAAGCUAUUCAUUCAUCCGCGUUUCACGUCAGUUGAUCGCGCAGAUUAGCUCAGCCCCCGGAUCUUACCCAAAAGGGGAUUUUUAUCUCGUUAAAUCGCAGUGCCCUUUGGUAAUGCUUCUUCUAUGCGUUAUUCCAUAUGAUUCCGACCCAUUAAUGCAGUUUUAUUCACAAGAAGAUUCUAUAGUUAAAUGUUUUAAAUUAUUUUCGAUAUUAUACAAGAUUUCGCGCAUAAAUUCGUCAUGAAGGCUUUUUUAUUCGUUUUGGUGGUUGCAAGGCUGGGAUCGGCGGGGGACCAGGACAAGACCCCGGGAGCGAAACUCAGGCAGCCCAUAGCUUCCCAGGGACGGGACGUGACACAGGAAGUUGUUAAUGCAGUCAAGCGUUUGGAGGAACUAAAGUUGCGUUUGGAUGAAAACGUCAUCGAGAGUACAAAGCAUGAGGUGGUUGCGCUGGUGGAAAAACUCAGGUCAGACUUUGACUACAGAGGUGUUCCGCAGUGGCCCGGAGAUUUGUACUUGAAUGAGUUCACAAAGCUUAUCCAGGAAGCUGAGAAGAAGAAAAAGGAGAAUAGCGGGAAGCUUGAAGAGGCGCGCAAGGCAAGAGAAGCCUUGAGCCAAGAGUUGAUUGAACGCAACAACUUUGCACUGAACUUGCAACAUGGACUUGAACAAUUCCUGAAGCAGGACUUGACUGUCGACAGAACCAAGCUCAAUUUGGACGCAGUAGCGUUUCCUGAUGAAGAGGAAGAGAGAGAUGCAGUGAGCGCGGAUCUUGUUGCCACAAAGGCCAGACUAGAGGAGCUGAGGCAGUUUAUAGACGAAGAGAUGGUAGAUGAAGUAAAGUAUGAAGUGCUUGUAUCGGUAGCAACUCUGAGGUUGAAUCCAGAGUACAGAACACGUAAAGAAUGGCCCGGAGAUGGUUAUCUUGACACCUUUGUCGAUUUGGUCAGGAAAGCAGAGGCCAAGAAACGUGAGAAGGAAAAGCCUGCUCCCACUACUCCUAAAAAUCCUGAGGAACCCAAGAAACAACAAGAGAAAAAGGCGGACUCAUUCUACAUGUCCGGCAUCUCCCUUUCAAUGCUAGCCCUAGCAUUGGCUGUAGCUUUAAGAAUUUGA